AUGGAUUGCUACAAUCGUGCGAAUGCUACGAAUCAUCCAGAUAUGGCCUCUUGGUAUCAUGGUGUUGCUCGUAUUUACUGUGCUUGGAAGCAAUACUCAGAUGCAUUGAGUUAUUAUCAAAGCUCAUUGAAUAUUCAACAACAGCACUUAUCUUCUAAUCAUCCAGAUAAAGCUUUAAAUCAUGUUGGCAUAGGUGAUGUUCAUCGGAUUGUUGGCCAGUAUCAGCUUGCCAUGGUCCAUUACAGAAAAUCGCUCGAUAUUAGAAUGAAAUCAUUACCUUCUCAACAUCAAGAUAUUGGUUCAAGUAAUAAAAAAAUUGGUCUGUUAUAUGAGACGAUAAAUAAUUUGAACGAAGCGCUAGAAUAUUAUAACAAAGCAGCCACUAUCUAUCGUCAGUCUUUACCGUCUCAACAUUCAAAUGUAAUCGAAAUUGGAAAAGACAUUGAACGUGUCAUGUUAAAAUUGAAAUAA